AUGACCAUUACUCUUCAUCAGCAUGAAAUUCUUACUAAGUGUUACGAGAUGAAUCCGAUUCCAGAUGAUAAUCAAAAAGAAAUCAUUAAAAAAUCGAUCGGAUUUAGAUAUCGCAGUAACGAGGUCGAUGUUUGGUUUGCCAAAUGUCGAGCCAUGGGUCCUGGGGCAUUGUGGGCGGAGAUUUCUUUGGAGAAGAAAAAAUCGGAGGAACAGAAGAGGAAAAAGGAGCGGAAGGAAGAGAUGGCGAAGAAGAAGAAGAUCACCCACUACCAGCAUAAAAAGCUAACAAAGUUCUACGAGACGAAUCCAAUUCCAGAUUAUGAUCAGAGGGAGAUCAUAGCCGAAUCGGUUGCGAUGACAAAUGUAGCCGUGGAUUGCUGGUUCUUCAGAUGCCGCACUGUGGGGCCUGACGCAUUGUGGACGGAGGUCGGAGAAAAGGCGGAGCUUAAUGAGGUGUAUGAAAAGAAAGAAAACGAGGAGUUGAAAAAGAUUAUUGCGCAACAAGCAGCGGAGCUCGCGGAAUCUAAGAAUCUCAUUGCCGACAAGGAUGCAGAGAUUCAAAAUCUGAUCAAGAAUAGCGCCAAGGACCGAACUGACGAAAUCCAGAAACUGGACUCCUGGAUCACCAAUCUCACUACCAUGUCUCAUAAUCAAUCAGAUCCUGUUAGACUCUUUACAAUUGAGAAGGUGUUGACACGAGUUUCCUUGCAGCUGAAGACUUUUGAGGAGGCGGAGCUCAAGAAAGAGAAUGAGAGAUUGAAGGAACAAAAGAAGGAAUUGGAGGCAAUGCUUCAGACCAAGAAGAAGCUCGAGGAGCAAGUUCAAGAGCUGAGAUUGCUGCUGAAAGAAAUGAAUGAUAAAAUUGAGACUAUGACCCAAAGAAACGAAGAGCAAUCUGCUGAGCUCAGGGAGCAAGUGGAAAAUGGAAAAAAAGAGAACGAGGAGAUGAACAAGAUAAUUGCACAGCAAUCGUUGGAGCUCAAGGAAUCUAAGAAUCUUCUAGCCGAUAUCCAAAAUCUCACUAGCAUCCAGAAUAGUGUCAAAGAUGCAGUCAAUGCUCAGCAGGAACAAAUCACAAAACUGCUGAACGCCUUCGAAGAAAACUGUUCUACAGGUCUGACAUGCUGGUCUGUGGAAGAUAUUCCGGAGAGUAGUUCUCUCCACCCCCCGAUAAACGUUCCAGAAGAUUCAGAUUAA